UUGAAAUGCUAAAAACUUAGAGCAAAAUUCAUGGCGAUAUCAUUAAUGCAUGGUCUACUGUUCUGAAUUUUAAUGAGCAAUAUAAAGAUGUCAAUUCUUGUGGACGUUUCUUUUUUGGUCUUAAUGCUGUUGAUUGCCUUUUUCAAUACGAAAGUGAUCGUGCUCAAGAAAGGAAUAAAAUGUUUUGUGAGGUUGUGGAGUUGGAAUUCAGCAAAACAAUCAUCCCAAAGAAAGAUAUUGAGCUUUUCUUUUUCCCGGUAUUUGAAAAGGAUCAUUAUUAUCUGGCAUGUUUUAACACCACCACAGAUUGUGGUACAAUUGAGGUUAUUGAUUACAGUGAAGGUCCUAGAGAAAAUAAGAAAUUGCUUAAAAAUCUGAAAAGUGCAUUUUCAUAUUUCAUGAAUGGUGAAGGAAGUAUACAAAGUGUUGUUUUGUCAAAACAAAUCAAGUCUAUGGAGUCUGUUGUGGUUGAUUUACCUUGGAAGUCUUCAGAUGAUUAUCAUUUGCAUUGCGGUGUUGCAAUGAUGAGGCAUAUGGAAACAUAUAUGGGUUUGCAAAAGUGGAAUUCAGGUUUAAAGAAAAAUAAUACAUAAUCAUUGACAAACUUCGUUUGAAGUAUACCCUCUCAAUUAUUUCAAGUGAAGUAAAUACUGUUAAACCUGUUAAACAAGUUGUCCAAAAGAAAAAAAAAGGCUGAGGAAGCAAGUGAUGCUGAAGAAAGCUAGGGGCAGCAAUCCAAGAGCAAUUAACGGAGAGAAUUGAAGACUGAAGUUGAUAAAUUGUUCUUAGGAUUUGUAUAGUUUUUGUACAGAACAAUAGAAGUGUUAGUUUUAUGAUGUUCUUAAUAGGACAAAUGUGAUAAAUGUUCUUAGUUGAUAUAAUGUUUUUAUGAUGUUGUUAGGAUUUUCUAAGUAUAAAUUUUGCUAUGUCAAUGUAAUGGAUAUGAUUUUCUAUCUUAUUGACUA